AUGGAGGGGCGCUAUGUCAGCAUUUUCAUUCCUGGGGAGGGGAAACAGCUGGCCUUGGCUGAAGUGCAGGUGUUUGGAAAACCUGCAGAGAACCUGGCCCUGGGUAAAGAAGCCAAACAGUCCUCUUUCUUCUCUUACGACAACCGAUAUUCGUUCGCACCGAUGGCUGUAGACGGCAGCCGUGCCAACUCAGACUUCCCUUUGUGUUCUGGUACGAAUGGCCUUGACCACCCCUGGUGGUUGGUGGACCUGUUGGAGGACUACAUCGUGACCACGGUCACCAUCACCAGCCGGGAUGAUUGCUGCGAACACCUCCUCAUCAAUGCUGAAAUCCACGUUAGCAGUUCUCCAGAGAUCGACACAUACAGCAACAACUCCUUAUGUGUGGUCAUGGAGGAUGGAAUUCCACGUGGAGCGACGAACACAUAUGUAUGUCCAGACAUGACUGGUCGUUAUGUUGCCGUCCUUCAACGUGGACAAGGGGCAUAUGUCUUCUUGUGUGAAGUGGAGGUGACUGGUGUGCCUGCAGUCAUUCCCACUCCAACUCCAGUACCCACCACUACCACCAUCCCUCCCCCCAGCCCUCCUCCCCCCCUCACACUCCUGGUCAGUGGACGCACCCUGGUGCUGGUCCGUGAGCAGCUGAGCUGGUACGAUGCCUUGCUCCACUGCCGGAGCUUCUACAGGGACCUGGCCGGCCUGCGUAGCCCAGAGGAGCAGCUGGAGGUCGGGGAGGCCCUGCUGCUCCGAUGCUCUCCAGCGUCUGGUACUGGAUGA